GACCUUGUUCGGCAGCUUCCAGGGUUGCAAUGUUGAACAUCUACACAUGGAGAUGGUUUGAUUCGCAUGUGCACCGUUGAUGUUACCCUGCUCAGUCAUACAAAUGUAUCGCACCACGGGGAUAACCUGACAGAUGGAGUCGAGCCAACUGAAGAAGUCAUGCGGUUCCGGUGACAAGUCAUCACCAGUGCGAGCUGUUCAUGACCUGCCUGUGAAUUUGACAGCCGUCAGUCAUAUGUGCGUAUACGUGCUACACAUCGCUUCCCCACGAAUACAUUUCAAUUUGGAGGGAGGAUCCAAUAUUCAGGCGGCCCUCAUUGUGCAGACAUCAGAAUAUGCCAAAUACAGUUCGAGUCAUAAUCAAGACCGGACUAUUUGGGAGGUUUUGCAACUUUGUAAUCAGGGUUCGGCGACCGUCCCUUCUGCCCGCUUCAAAGCGAUUCAACACCUCACUUUCCCUAACUUGCAUGGGAUCGACAUUAUGCGCAUUCGGAUAUUAACCUUGAAAGGUUAUUGCCACGAAGGGAGACGUCUGAUGUCACCCUUCUGAUGUCCGACCGCCGUCUUGAACAUCAGCACAUGCGGCCCUCUUUAACACCUUUGGCGUGGCUUCUUAUCGUAUCUCGAUGGCAAUCAUCUGUAACCGGAAUAUGACUCACCAAAUGUUUCUAUGUAUGAACGUCUUCUGGCGGCAAUCGUUUAUACGUCGGUAUCCCUUGAAUGUUGCCAGGAAAACACAGAUGCAUCGCGAUAUAAAUAUCCAGGUCGCAACGCUGUUCCUUACAAGGGGGAGAUCGUACAGGGAUUGAAUAGUUGCAGCCCCUGGAGACAACGUGAGGGAUCGAUGGUAGUUGACAGUCGAGUUGCUAGUAGGAACUCUCGUGUUCCCGGUGCGCCUACUUACUGUACUUGUCAGCUGAGUAGAGAGCUCGAUUUUCGGCCGACCUCUUUUCAUGGGAACUUUGUCUUGACCACGCAACUUUCCUGAGAGAUUAUAUUUGCAGUCUCGCGAUACGGCAUUCGGGCCAAGAAACGGUUCCAUCUCUA